ACAGCGCAUCUCUAAUGACAACCCUGGCUGUUUGAUGGAGAAAGUGUCUCGACUGUGUAACCUCCGACCCUGUGAGGUGGACAUCACCAAGCACUUUAGACCGGGUAAAAAAUGCCUGAACAUCUACCGUGAACCAGAGUUUCAGAACUUCACCAUCUCAGGCUGCAUCAAAUACUGUGGAGUCUGUAGCGAUGAGCGCUGCUGCAUCCCAUACAAGUCUAAGACCAUCGAGGUGGAGUUUGACCAGUCCAGAUGGUUCAGUUUUUUCCUGGAAAUACAUGUGGAUCAACGCCUGCUUCUGCAACCUCUCCUGCAGGAAUCCAAAUGAUAUCUUUGCAGAUCUGGAGCAAUAUUAUGAGCUCAAUGAGAUUGUUAACUAACUAAUUCACCACAAUCUCUUUUUAUGGCAUCCUUAUAGGCUCACGUUUUUCGUCUGUGCAUCACAUUUGACAGUGACAGGGAUGCUGCAUAGCAUAGAAGGGAAUCAUUCACUGUUGAUGAUAAAUCAUUUCAGAUGAUUUAAGAAUGAACGUCAGCACAAAAACUCAUAUUGAGAUGGCUUGUGAGGGGAAUAAUGUUAGUUCAGACUCAAGGACUUUAUGGUACAACAAGAUUUCUGAUGGAUGGGGACAAAUAUUAAAAGUAAGGAAAUGUUACAUUUAAGAUGUUGACUUCAAAAAAUAUAUAUAUAAAAAUAUUGCAUGGCUUCGACGAUAAAAGAAAUUCUCCUUAAAGAAAUACACAUCAUCAUUUUUUUUAAAUAUACAGUACAUUAGGUAAAAUGCUGUUAAAAGACAUUUUUGUAUCUUUGUUAAGUAACAUAUUCUGAAAUACUUAUAAAAGAAGUGACAGUGAUUCACAUUUUUCUUUUGCCAAGUUGUUACUGUUUAUAUUUAAUUCUGGAAAAAUGCA